CCAAGGGAGGCCAAGCUCUAGGCACCAUGGGAAAGGCAGAGAAUUAUGAGCUCUACUCAGUGGAGCUGGGGCCUGGCCCUGGUGGGGACAUGGCCGCCAAGAUGAGCAAGAAGAAGGCCGGUGGUGGGGGAGGCAAGAGGAAAGAGAAACUGGAGAAUAUGAAGAAGGAGAUGGAGAUUAACGAUCAUCAGCUGUCAGUGGCAGAGCUGGAACAGAAGUACAAGACCAGUGCCACCAAGGGCCUGUCUGCGAGCCUGGCAGCUGAACUGCUGCUGCGGGAUGGGCCCAACGCACUGAGGCCACCGCGGGGCACACCAGAGUAUGUCAAGUUUGCCCGGCAGCUGGCAGGAGGCCUGCAAUGCCUCAUGUGGGUGGCUGCUGCCAUCUGCCUCAUCGCCUUUGCCAUCCAGGCCAGCGAGGGUGACCUCACCACUGACGACAACCUCUACCUGGCCAUCGCCCUCAUUGCUGUGGUCGUGGUCACUGGCUGCUUCGGCUACUACCAGGAGUUCAAGAGCACCAACAUCAUCGCCAGCUUUAAGAACCUUGUGCCCCAGCAAGCCACUGUGAUCCGAGAUGGGGACAAGUUCCAGAUCAACGCAGAUCAGCUGGUGGUGGGUGACCUGGUGGAGAUGAAAGGUGGGGACCGUGUGCCAGCUGACAUCCGCAUCCUGGCAGCCCAAGGUUGCAAGGUGGACAACUCCUCACUCACCGGAGAGUCGGAGCCACAGACCCGCUCACCGGAGUGUACCCACGAGAGCCCACUGGAGACCCGCAACAUCGCCUUCUUCUCUACCAUGUGUCUUGAGGGCACAGCGCAGGGCCUGGUGGUGAACACGGGUGACCGCACCAUCAUUGGGCGCAUUGCAUCCCUGGCCUCAGGAGUGGAAAACGAGAAGACGCCCAUUGCUAUCGAGAUCGAACAUUUUGUGGACAUCAUCGCAGGCCUCGCCAUCCUCUUUGGCGCCACGUUUUUUGUGGUGGCCAUGUGCAUAGGCUACACCUUCCUGCGGGCCAUGGUCUUCUUCAUGGCCAUUGUGGUGGCCUAUGUGCCUGAGGGACUGCUGGCUACUGUCACAGUCUGUCUGUCCCUGACAGCCAAAAGGCUGGCCAGUAAGAACUGUGUAGUCAAAAACCUGGAAGCAGUGGAGACCCUGGGCUCUACAUCGGUGAUCUGCUCUGACAAGACCGGGACCCUCACUCAGAACCGCAUGACUGUGUCCCACCUGUGGUUUGACAACCACAUUCACACAGCUGACACCACGGAAGACCAGUCAGGACAGACUUUCGACCAGUCCUCGGAGACGUGGCGGGCGUUGUGCCGCGUGCUCACCCUGUGCAACCGCGCUGCCUUCAAGUCCGGCCAGGACGCCGUGCCGGUGCCCAAGGUGAGAUACUGGGGGACCCGGGGUCAUGCUGGGAACUUGGUGAAGCCAGGUUUCUGCCAGCUCUACUUGAAUGAGAAGGACUACCCACCUGGCUAUGCCUUCGACGUGGAGGCCAUGAACUUUCCAAGUAGUGGCCUCUGUUUUGCGGGACUCGUAUCCAUGAUUGACCCACCCCGGGCCACUGUUCCUGAUGCUGUGCUCAAGUGCCGCACAGCAGGCAUCCGGGUGAUCAUGGUGACAGGUGACCAUCCCAUCACAGCCAAGGCCAUCGCAGCUAGUGUGGGCAUCAUCUCGGAAGGCAGUGAGACAGUGGAGGACAUUGCUGCCCGCCUCCGUGUGCCUGUGGACCAGGUUAAUCGGAAGGAUGCCCGUGCCUGUGUGAUCAAUGGCAUGCAGCUGAAGGACAUGGACCCAUCAGAGCUGGUCGAGGCCCUGCGCACACACCCUGAGAUGGUGUUUGCUCGCACCAGUCCCCAGCAGAAGCUGGUGAUUGUGGAGAGUUGCCAGAGACUGGGAGCAAUUGUGGCCGUAACAGGGGAUGGUGUGAACGACUCCCCCGCCCUGAAGAAGGCAGACAUUGGCGUAGCCAUGGGCAUUGCUGGCUCAGAUGCUGCUAAAAAUGCAGCCGACAUGAUCCUGCUGGAUGACAACUUUGCCUCCAUUGUGACGGGUGUGGAGCAAGGCCGACUGAUCUUCGACAAUCUGAAAAAGUCCAUUGCCUACACCCUGACCAAGAACAUCCCGGAACUGACCCCCUACCUCAUUUACAUCACUGUCAGUGUGCCACUGCCCCUCGGGUGCAUCACCAUCCUGUUCAUAGAGCUCUGCACCGACAUUUUCCCAUCUGUGUCCCUGGCAUAUGAGAAGGCUGAGAGUGACAUCAUGCAUCUGCGACCACGGAACCCAAAGCGAGACCGACUGGUCAAUGAGCCCUUGGCUGCCUACUCCUACUUCCAGAUUGGUGCCAUCCAAUCAUUUGCUGGCUUCGCUGACUACUUCACAGCCAUGGCCCAGGAGGGCUGGUUCCCUCUGCUGUGUGUGGGGCUGCGGCCACAGUGGGAGGACCAUCACCUACAAGAUCUGCAGGACAGCUAUGGCCAAGAGUGGACAUUUGGACAGCGCCUGUACCAGCAGUACACCUGCUAUACUGUGUUCUUCAUCAGCAUUGAGAUGUGCCAGAUCGCUGAUGUCCUCAUCCGCAAGACACGCCGCCUCUCUGCUUUUCAGCAGGGCUUUUUCAGGAACAGGAUCCUGGUGAUUGCCAUUGUGUUCCAGGUCUGCAUUGGCUGCUUCCUGUGCUACUGCCCCGGAAUGCCCAACAUCUUCAACUUCAUGCCCAUUCGGUUUCAGUGGUGGCUGGUUCCCAUGCCCUUUGGUCUCCUCAUCUUCGUCUAUGAUGAGAUCCGGAAACUUGGAGUUCGCUGUUGCCCGGGGAGCUGGUGGGACCAGGAGCUUUACUAUUAGAGGGCAGGCUGCCUUCAGGCCAUCCCUGCAUCCAGCACAGGCCAGUGAGCAUGGGACUCACAGGACCUUCUGGAAGACCACCAAAUCAUCUGUAUAAUCAAGAGUCCCAGCCCUACCCAUGUCUGCUUCUGAGCUAUGGCACCCCAACCUUGAAGGGGCUCUAUUCACUACUCUUCCCCACCCCAAGCUCCCUUCCUCCUGGGGAAGCAGUCCCUAGGCACUGGCUGCUCCUGGUGAGAUGUGCUUGUCCUUGGGACACCAGGCUGGGCAAGAGGGCUGCCUGGGACUCUUCGUUAAAAACACAUAUUAUAUUUAAUAGUAAUAAAACAAUCCCCACAUUGGCUGUGCUUUUAA